GAUGAACACACACACACACACACACACACACACACACACACACACACACACACACACACACACACACACACACACACUCUCAUGCCCCUUCUCACCCUCCUGAGUGCCCACCCUCCGACACAGCAUUCCAGCGGGAGCAGAUGAAAGCCAGCCUCCCCUCUGUCUUCUUGUGGGUGGAGAGAUUUUUCGGUGGUCACAGAGAGGAGCAGGAGACCUCACUCACUGACUCUGGCAGUGUGAGGGACUGAGGAAGGGCAAAGAAACGUAUAAACCCCCAUCUUACACACACAGCAGGCUGUGAGCUGGGAUGGUGGCGGAGGAGAUCGUGGUCUGCCUCUCAGGAGGAGCUCCGUGGGGCUUCAGGCUGCAGGGAGGAGCCGAGCAGCAAAAACCUCUACAGGUGGCCAAGGUACGCAAGCGCAGCAAAGCAUGCAGAGCAGGACUGAAAGAGCAUGACGAGCUGGUCGCCAUCGGUGACCAGAUGUGCACUGAUUUCAGUCAUGCUCAAGCCAUGAGCCUCAUAGAUACACAGAGCGCUACACUCAACCUGAGGGUCAAAAGGGCUCCUUCUGGUUUCCACGCAGCAUCAACCCGCUCCUCCACUAGGGUCCAGUCUCCCACCUCCAACCGUUCCUCCGUCCUCUCCCCCACAGGGGUACCCAGCGGCAUCACGUCCCCGCCUGACAGCGAGGCGUACUACGGAGAAACAGACAGUGACGCAGACACACAGUCGCACACACAUCGACGCCAACGUCGCACACCCCCACACGCUCGCUCACCUGCUCGCUAUGACAACCAGGAAGAGGAGGAGACGUCAGAGAUGAGCGGGUAUGAAAGCGCCACAGAUGCCGGGGUUUCCCUGCAGGGGCAGUGGGAUGGUCAGACUCUUCUUGGCGUGCCUCGCAGAGAGCUCAUCUACCAGCCCCUCCAGGCCGACUGGACCACUCCAGCGCACACUCCACACACUCUGACCCCUCACUCGCUCACACCCACCCCGGAUCAGGGGUUAGCUGAGGGGGAGGGAGAGGGGGACAGCGGCUUCCAGGAGGCGGGGGUCGUCAUCGGGCUGACCUGCCCGCCUCUCGUGUCUCCUGAGCGGGCUAAAGAGGCUCUGAUGUCGGGCUCAGGUAAACAUCUGGUGCCGAUGGUGGGACCACAGAUGACCCCUCUCAGUGAUGAGCUCUCAACCACUUACAAGGAUAAAGCCCGGCAAGCCAAGUUGCAUCGUGGGGAGAGUCUGGUGGAGAAACAGGUGAAAGAAGCGCGUACUAAAUGUCGCUCUAUUGCCUCUUUGCUGACUGAUGCCCCCAACCCCAACUCGAAAGGGGUGCUUAUGUUCAAGAAACGCCGGCAGAGGGCCAAGAAAUACACACUGACCUGCUUCGGCAAAGUUGAGGGAGACAGAGGAGGUGAUACAGAGGGGGAGACGGAGGAGGAAGGAGGAAGUUCAGUUCUAAGUGGUUCAGAAGUAGAUGAAGAAGGAUUCUCGGCAUCAUUCGACCCAACGUGGGAUACAGGUUAUCUAGAUCUGCUUGACAAGAGAAGCUCUGCUUGCCCAUCAACAACACCAACUACUCCUACAACGCCAACAGCCAAUCACAGCUUUGGGCUAGACGUUUCAAACUAUCGUAGUCCAGGAGUUGUGAACCCUGUCAAUCCAAAUCCAGGGUUGGAGAUAUCAGCGCUGGAGAGCUUAGCCUAUCAGGGCUCCAGACUGGAGAGCAGCUUCACAAAGCAGCCUAUCAGUAACAAUCCUUCAACAAUGUCUCCUCCUGCUGUUGCUCUGACCAAUGGAGGGUCAGUAGCUGUUAGUCGUGCCAGUGUUGUUUUGAGUCCCCCAACUCAGACGCACCUCCCAAGUCAAAAUGGGCAACCUUUCAACCCUAAUCCUACUCCUAAUCUUAGUACUAGCCUUAUCACUGACUCCGAUCCGAACCUGAACGCCAAUUUCAGCCCUACUCCAGGUGUUCUGAACCGUACUGCACGCCCCUUCACCCCGGGCCCUUCAUCUUCCCGUGCAAAUGUAACCUCUGUGAUGUUUCGCCCUCCCCAACCUAAACCGGCAACUAAACCAGUAGCUGCAGUCUCCAUGAUGACCAUACAACCUUCUCGCCAGUCAUCAGGGCCAGAUCCGAGGAGAGCGGUAUCUAGCACCUCUCUGUACAUCUCCCCAAGAAACACGAAUGGCAACACUCCCCCCUCUGGGAACUCUCCUCCCUCCUCUUUGUCUUCUGCGCCAUUCUCCCAGCAUACACCAAAUCCACCAACAUUUUCCCCUCAGCCUGCGGUGUAUGCUUCCCAAUCCACUCCAUUCUCUCCUUCAGCACCUCAAAGCACCCUCGUCUAUCCACCACCUGCUCAACCUUUCUAUCCUCAACCUCCUAUGUCAUAUUCAUCUCACCCAUCUCCUUCCACCCACACAGCUGCUUCUCCCGUCUCUCCACCACAUGCACCUGAUCUGACUCAUGCUUCUUUCCAUACCCAGCCAACCCCUCCUCCUCCCAUCGCCCAACUUGGUUCAUCACCAUCUGUCCACCCCUACGUCAAUACAACAGGUGCAAUGACUCCUAGUUCCUAUGCUGUCAUGGAAACUGCAUCACCUCCACAAGCUCCUGCAGCUGAUUCAAUAGAGUCACGAGAGCAGCGCAUCUCUGUCCCCGCCACUCGCACUGGCAUCCUGCAUGAUGCCCGCCGUCGAGCCAACAAGAAGCCAAUGUUUUGUGCAGUCCAGAACAAAGAUAUUAAUCCAAACCCUGACCUGAUGUCAAUGGUCCAGAACAUGGAUGAUCAUUUUGAGAGAACCCCAGGUGCAGAGACUGGAGCUGCACCCAGUGGGGAAACUGGACAUGAGUCAGGGCCUGAAGAGGAUUGGCUGAGGCUUGGUGCAGAGGCUUGCAACUUUUUGCAAGCUCAGAAGGGACCAAGACCACCUCCUGUUGCUCCGAAACCACAGGCACCUCAGGUGCCACAGCUGGGAGGGAAAGGAGGCCAACUGUUUGCCCGUAGGCAAAACAGGAUGGAUCGAUAUGUUGUGGAGCGAGCCCCCUCUGUCGCUGCCGCACCUUUCUCCCCCGCCCAGACAAGGGAGCCCUCACCCACACCUUCUCUGCCUGCCACCUGGAAAUACUCAUCAAACAUCCGUGCUCCCCCUCCCAUCAGUUACAACCCGCUACUCUCUCCCUCCUGCCCUCUGAAAGCCCAGAAGAAGGCAGAGGUGGCAAAAUUGGGGUCAGCUGGAUCCAAAGGAAAGAAAGCUGCGGCGAAAUCCGUGGACAUCAUGAACCACCAGCCCUACCAGCUCAACUCUUCUCUGUUCAGCUAUGGGGGCGGGGUUCCCCAGAAUACCUCCACCUAUCAGCAGCAGCAAGGAAGUGCAAGUGGUCCUCAGAAGACAGCAAGAGUGUAUGAGGUAAAGCGAUUCUCGACACCUCCCCCAACAUCCACAGGGCCAGCCCUCAAAGUUAUCGUACCUCGGUCAGCUACAACACUCGGAGAACCUCUGUGGCGCUCUGAUAUGACAUCCCCUCCACCUACAGCUGGUCAAACCCCCUACCAGGCCUACCAAACUCAACCUUUCCAAUCUCAACCCCACCCUUAUCAACCUCAACCACAACCUUACCAACAUCAGUGGGCACCCUCCCCUAUGUCUCCUCCACCUCCCCCUGCCCCCACUGCUCCACUCCCACAGCUUCCCUCCUUCUCCUCAGCUCAUGCUCAAAAUCUUGUCCAGUGUCCUACUUUCUCACACCUUCAGCCCUCCAACACUGCCCAGGCCAACAGGCAGUUUAAGAGUGCCCCAGAUCUGAGUCCUCUGAGCCCCACUGGUGGCUCUCUGCCAGUGUCUAGCAGCACUCAACUGGCCAGGGUCCCCAAGCCCAGGUUCAGCACUUCCAACCUGGGUCUGCAGCCUAGUGUCUGGCGCCCAGGAUCUACUGCACACUGAACUCUGUUCUGGACAUUUCAAACCAUGGCUCUGUGGGAGCGCUGAGGAAUGUUUUCUAUGUGUUUUUAGUAUUGUGUUAUUGUUAAUCAGGGCUGCAGCUAUCUUUUUUUAUCAGCCAUGUUUUAUCACAUAAACCUUUUAGAAUGGCCACCCAAGUAGCAAAUUUAACAUUUAAUCUUUUUGACCCAUUUACAGUAUCUUGUGAUUUAAA